AUGUCGGGUACUGUGACGGCUUCCAGUCGCGACCCGUUCGAACUGACUAGACUAGCGGAAGAACUAGCUGCUCGUGAAGCAACCUCGCGUCCCGAGAGACUUUCGACAUCGGUGGACCUCCCAGAAUUGCUACCAUUAUCCCAUGACAAUGAAAACCUCACUGCACCAGACUUCAAUGUCGAAGAUUUCUUACUGUCGCGCUCAAAUAUGUCGCUGCCAGACCUUCGAGCUGAGCUGCGCGAAUAUUUGGCAAAGCUCAAGGAGGAACUUGUCAAACUCAUCAAUGAUGAUUAUGAGGCUUUCAUUAGUCUCAGCACGGAUUUACAGGGAGAAGGUGAUAGAUUAGAACGGAUAAAAUGGCCUCUUGGUGAUCUACAUUCUCGGAUUCAGGAUUCGAGAAGUCAGUUACAAGGAGUGCAGGAUAGCGUGCAAGCUAAACUUGACCGAAGAGCAACCUUGCGCGAAGAGAAGGCAAUGUUGCAGCUGCUGCUGAAAAUAUCAGACUCGAUUACACGAUUAGAAUCAUUACUCCUCAUCUCGUCGCCGCAGGAAGGCAAUCCACCAGGACAAAGUUCGUACCUGGAACGAUGCUUGUCCGGGGAUGACAUUACCGACGACAAGUCGACGAAAGGAAAACGUGCAAAGCAUCUUCUCCGAAUUGCGACUGAGUACAACCAGCUUCUCUAUCACACGAAUAAAGCGUCCAAAAAGAACUGCUCGUUCGUAGCGGAGAGUCAAUGGAGGAUAGAGCGGAUAAAGUCAACCCUCUCCUCCGACCUAGAGCAUCAUUUUGCAAUUACCUUGCUCUCAUUGACUUCGAACGACAAAACUUCCGCAGUGGCGAAAGCUCGACAACCGGAGACGGAACAUGCCAAACUCUUGUCGGACUUGGUUGAUUGUCUUCGGGCAUACGACAUGCUCGGUCUCUGGCGAGACGCAGAAGAUAUCAUACGACGCGAAGUUGUUCGAGGCUUCGUGAAGAAGACUAUAUUUCCUGGUUGUCUAUCGGGUCCUCUUUCUCCGGUGAUGCCCCACACUCCUCUCGUGCAACAGCCACCUGGCGCCUCCUUGUUCUCUCGACCACCGCCUACGCCUUAUACUCCUUACACUGCCUUACCAUCGAAGCAGAAUCCGUUCUUCGCGAACGUAACGGAUUUAGACUCAAGCAUAUAUCUGCUAGACGACAGUGACAGUCCCCUCGCAGGAGUUUAUAAUCAAGUCUUGCGUUUUAUUGCCAGGGACAUGAAACCCAUUAUGGAGGCUGCGGAACAGGUUGCGUCGAAGAGCCGUCAAAAGUCCUCCGUUUUGUCAGUAGACAUAACGAACGCGGAAGGCUCGACGGAGUAUGGCUUUGAUAUCUUGUCGAACGUAAUCUGGGCUGAGGUCUCUCGAGCGAUUAUGGACGAUUUGGGCUCGUCGGUAUUUGCUGCGGGAAAGCCGGACGAAUUCCGCAAGAACUACGAAACGACUCAGGCUUUCAUUCGUUCCAUCGAAUAUCUGGCGCCCUCCAUACACUCAGUCAAAGCACUCAGAGUGCACCAUAGCUUCGGGACUUUCGAGCGACGAUGGCAGCUCCCCGUCUACUUCCAGUUACGUUGGAAGGAUAUUGUCAGCCGAGUUGAAGAAGCACUGGAGUCCAAAUCGCUGUCACCAACCACCAGUAACACAAAGUCGGGUGGAGCUGAAACUGCGCUUGUACUCAGCCAAUCAAGAGCCAUCUUGAAUGCGCUUUCUCAGUGUUGGAGUCCAGAGAUCUAUAUGCUUGAUCUUGCGCCGAGGUUCUGGAGACUCACACUGCAGCUGAUAAAGAGAUAUCGUACUUGGAUAGAGUCUAACCUGCCAUCUCUAGAAAACUUGGACAAGAUGAAAUCACCCCUAACAGACAAGGUUGCUAGCUCUGGGCUACCAGGUUCCCGCUCAUCCACUCCUACUCUACCUCAAGACAAUUCUUCUGUCGAUCGCACAGCCGAGGACGACAAAUGCUUGCUGCAAUGUGCAGUACUACUUCGCGACUUGAAGGGAAUGGAGCAGGUGGUUCAGCGACUUUGGCGAGAACAAACCAGCUCGAUGCUCCCUCAUAGCUCUAUGGAUACCAACGAAGAAGAGACUGGCGAGCCAGAAAACGCAUUGAAGUCCGCGCUAUCAUUUGUAACCGAAAUAGUCCCAUCGCUGUCAUCUCAAGUGGAACUCAUCCUCACCAAUCGAUGCUGCGAUGCCUUGGCACCCGUCAAGUCUCUUCCAGGCCAAUUUCGCGCAACUUCCCAGAAACAUAUGCCGACGAAGCCAAGCUCGUUCGUGCCAUUGAUCUUACGACCAGUCAAGUUAUUCUUUGGGAUAGACACAGGAGAGGGCCCUGCAAAGGCGUUACGAAACGAUUUCUGUGCGCCGAUAAGCACGAAUGUUGUUGAGCCCGUUUCAAAUAAGUAUCUUCAACACCUAUCCGCAAUGCGCAAAACCGAGGAGUCGUUACGACGACUUCGGAUGGGUAAAAGAACUGGAUUCUCCUUGUUUGGUGGUGGCUCUAGUUCCACUACCGACGAUGAUGCACGAGACGAGGAGCGGGUUCGUGCACAGCUCAUACUUGAUGUCAAAGCAUUUGCGAAAGACGCAGAAGCACUGGGUGUGAACCUUGAUAAUUGCUCGUCUUUCAGGGCUUUGGAGCGCUCCGUACAUGCGAACGAGGGAGAACCAGAGGUUUCCUGA